CAACAAACAGGCAAGACCAGCGCCAUGAGUGACGCCGUCGCCGCUGCGGACGCGGUUGAUCCCUCUGCUGACGAAGUUGGUGGCAUCGAUGAAGAGAUCAAAGAGGAUCGCGCCAACGCGUAUGUGGAGCACUUCGUGCAUAUCGUCCAGUCCACAAAAACAUUGUUCCCCACGCUUCUCGAUGCGGACGAGCAUGCAGCCAUCGACACAUACCUUGCCCUCCCGGCGGCGGCCCAACUCGUGUACUCCCGCCUCUUCCAGCGCAAAGGGCCAUGGUUUCGCACAACGUCCCUUUCGGCGAUCGCCGACCAUCUGCAUCCAGACCCAGAGUCAUCUGUGCCGCCGCUGCAGACUGCUCUGCGCGCCCUUGAGACCGCCUCGUUCAUCCGGCGCUGUCCCAAGGACUCGUACGUCGAUGCUAUUGAUGCCAUGAAGUCUGCAUGUACUAUUCCCGAGAUCCAAGCCGUGAUGGUCGCCACAGGCGCGUCCAAGUCGAAAUCCGCCGCUCGAUACAAAACCAAGCCAGACAUGCUGGAGCGGCUUCGGGCGUUCGUCACGACGCAGCGCCGCAUCGAUGGCUCCUUCCUCCCCUUGUCCACACAUCUGCAUGCUGCGUUAGCUUUAACGUCAUUUGAUGCACCUGACCUCUCGUCCCCCCAUCGACAACACCGCGUCCACGACCCUACUUCGUUGACGCUGUUUCAGAUACACCCGAGGACUCGGGAUGCGUUCUAUCGCAUGCAUCGUCUCAUGUACAUGACGUUAUCACUGCCAGUCCAACCAACUUUGAAACGAGCGACGUGGGGCGACUGGCAGCGCGCCGUGUGUCGGUACGAACCCACGGCGUGGCCAGGCCUCCUCGUCAUAUUUGGCAAAGUCGCCGCGUUUCCCAGAGUGACGUUAGCUGCCCCAUCGCGCCCCCUCUUUCCGACCUUGCACGCGCUGAUGGCGUACGAGUGCGCGUCGGUGCUUCGACACGCGACGCGCCUCAUCGUCGACGGCGUCCGUCUCGACCACCUCUUGCCAUCAUCAGCUCGCGGGCUCACGGCCGACUGGCUGGAUGUGCGGCCGCCGACGCUCUUGGCGUUUGCAGGCGCCGCUUCGCCCUCUAUAACAUCCUCUUCCUUCUCGUCCUCCCAGCCGACAAAAGCUGACUUCUGCGACAACGUUCACGCGUUUCUGCAGUCUGUGGACAACAUGGACUCGUUCGUGGGGGAACUUCGGGCGUGUCUCGCAUCCAGCCUCCAUCUGACUCGAGAGGAUGACAAACAGAGGCGGGUGUUCCUGGAGCCAUAUGAUGCCACGUAUGCGCUGGCUCGGAGUAUGGACUUGGUCGUGGGAGUGUAUGAGAAGCUGGGCGAGUACGACAAGGCACUGGUGCUGCUGCAAGAGCUACUGGCCACGUCCGUGCUCGGACACAAGCGCGGAUCGUGGUAUACGCGACUGGCAAUCAAUUUGGAAAUGCACAUGAAGCAGCCAACCGACGCACGCGCCGUCUGCGACACUGCGCUAAGCGACCCCCGCGUCUUCCCCGCCGAUCGGAUGGACCUGCUGCGGCGCCACCGCCGACUCGCCAAGACUCCAACAACAGAAGACAAAGAAGUAGUAGUUGAAGGGUGUUAUCCCACCCACACGAUCGACGGGCGGCCGCUGAAUCGGGCGGUGGGCGAGAAGUCGCGGUUCAUCGGGUACGACGACGACAGCGUGACCGUGGAAGCCCUAGUGCUCCAGCACUACAAGAGUCAAGGCUGGCACGGCGCGCACGAUGAAGGGGCGUCGUUUCGGUCGCUGUUGGGGCUGUUGCUGUGGGACGUGAUGUUUCUCAACGACGUUCCAGACGUGUUUCAAACGCCGUUUCAAGUACAAAACUUGGGAUGAUUCUGAAUAUGAACUAUGGGUGGUGGUUGAUAAUAUAUUGACAGAGUCGACCGUUGGACAUGGAUAUGCGAUACAGUGAUCACUUUUACAACGCCCGAGCCGCGGCCAUCGAUGCUGUCGUGAUGAAACUGCGCGCGUCCAGUGCCCUAGACCUGUGCGCAUGGAUCGCCGCGACGUGGCAUGCACAUCAGGGUACGCAAUGUUGGUUGGUGCGGUGGGAAGGAUCAUUGACGCUGCCGUACAUGCAGCUGAUGGCGAUAGGAAUCGGUGCGCCGGCACUGGCGGCGAUCGUCCAAGUGUGGGUCAAGCACUUGGAAACGAGCGGUUUGCCCGAUUUGUUUAUGCUGCGAGUGGUCGCGCGGCCACGAGAACACAUGGGACUUCCCGCGCAUUUGGUGGACAGACAUACGAACUGCGUGGACAUCCCCGCGUGGAGUGCAAUGGAAGGCGGCGGCGACAUUGAUGCGCUCAUGGGCCAGCAUCAGACGGUGGAAGCCCAGUUUGUAGAGGUGAAAGGCCCGCGGGACCGACUCUCAGACACCCAAAUCGUGUGGCUCGACCGGCUGAAUGCCGCCGGCAUCUCGUCCGUCGUGUGCUACGUGCAGGAGCCUCCCACGAAGAAGAAGAAGAAGCAGAAGACACAAGAGGAGGAUGAGAUUCGUGGCAAGCCGACCACAGACCCACCAACGUGUACUACUAGUACGUCCAAGACCAAACGAUCCAAGGGAAUUCCUCCGCCCCAUGUUCCCAUUGAACUCUUGGACUAUUGACUGCUAAAAAAGUAUGAACGGUAUCCAUGUUUCGACGGUGCAGUGUUGUUG